UCUCUCUCUCUCUCUCUCGUCCCGUGCAUCUGUUCCUCUCAUUCCCACACGAGCAUGGAUGAGGGAGCGGUGGAGCUGACCCUGGUGCAAACGCUCGCUGUGGGCGCCGUUAAAGGCCGAUAUCUGACGCUGUCUCCCUCCUUCCAGCGCUGCUCGCUCGCCUCCUGGAUUACAGAAAACAUCAGGAAGAAAGAGUGCUGCUUCUACGUGGAGGAUGGCAGGGAGGGGAUUUGUAAGUGUGGUUACCCAAAGAUCCAGCACUGCGAUGAGGCCAUCAAACCGGAGGACUAUAUGGGGGAGCAGUGGGACAAACACAGACACGUCAGAGAGGUGCCCACCGACGCCUUCGGGGACAUCAGCUUUGGAGGACUCGGACAGAAAACCGGGAAGUAUGUUCGGGUUUCGUCGGACACGUCCUGUGAGAGUCUGUACCAGCUGAUGACCGAGCACUGGAAGCUGCGUUCGCCGAACCUGCUGAUAUCGGUGACCGGCGGAGCCAAAAACUUCCACAUAAAGACUCACCUGAAAGACAAAUUCCGCCGAGGCCUCAUCAAAGUCGCCCAGACCACAGGUGCGUGGAUCCUGACGGGAGGGACGCACGCCGGCGUGAUGAAGCACGUGGGCAUGGCUGUACGAGAUUACACGCUCAGCAGCGGUUUGACGGAGGGACAGAUCGUCGUCAUCGGUGUGGCACCCUGGGGAGUCAUUCACAACCGACACGCGCUCGUCCAUCCCGAGGGUCGUUUCCCUGCGUACUACACUCUGGACGAGCAGGGUCAGGGCCGUCUCUCCUGCCUUGAUAUCAAUCACACUCACUUUCUGCUGGUGGAUGAUGGCACGCACGGACAUUACGGAGUCGAGAUCGAGCUGCGGGCUCGUCUGGAGAAACUCAUCUCUCAACAGUCCCUGGGAAACAGAGAGAGUGGCGUGACAAUACCAGCGGUCUGCGUGGUCUUGGACGGCGGGCCAGGAACACUAAACACCAUCUACAACGCGAUGCUGAAACACACGCCGUGCGUGGUGCUGGAGGGCUCUGGACGCCUGGCGGACGUCAUCGCUCAGGUGGCGGCUCUGCCCGUGUCAAAGGUCACCCUGGUCCUCAUCAACCAGCUCAUGAAGAAGUUCUUCGGGCAAGAGUACAAGAGCUUCGCCGAGGUGCAGGUCAUUGAGUGGACCAAGAAGAUUCAGGACAUCGUCCGAAUGCCUCACUUGCUGACUGUGUUUCAUAUCGACGAGGAUAAAAACUAUGACGUAGACGUCGCCAUCCUGCAGGCUCUGCUGAAAGCCUCCAGAAGCAAUGAGCACGCGGGCCGUCAGUCGUGGGAGAGACAGCUGGAGCUCGCCGUGGCCUGGAACCGAGUGGACAUCGCCGAGAGCGAGAUCUUCACCGAGGAGAGCCAGUGGACGUCGUGUGACCUGCAUCCAGCCAUGUUUUCUGCGCUGGUGGGAGACAAACCCGAGUUCGUGCGGCUCCUGCUGGAGAACGGGGUGUGUGUGAGGAAGUUUCUGGAGCACGAGGACACGCUCUGCGAGCUCUACGCCCAUCUUCCCGCCUGCUUCUUCCUGCGCAAACUGGCCAAACGCGUGCAGGGUGGAAAGAUCCGCAGGGGUCAGGAGCCGCCGCCUGGAAGCACCAAGAUCUCCUUGAGUCACGUGUCUGAAGAAGUGCGUCACCUGCUGGGCAGCUUCACGCAGCCGCUGUACGUCCCGGCACGCUACAGGAUGACCAGAGAUGACGUCCGUUUGGCGGUGCCGUCCAAAGGUCUGGUGGAUCUGCCGUGUUCAGGGGAGGAAUGGACCCCAGACACGGUUUGGGACCCGGGCCGGGAUCUCUUCCUCUGGGCCAUCGUACAGAAUAACAGAGAGCUGGCAGAGAUCGGCUGGGAGCAGUGCCGAGACUGUAUCGCAGCCGCUCUGGCAGCCAGUAAGAUCUUGAGGAAGCUGGCGCAGGAGAGCGGCGAGGACGACACCGAAGAGGCCAAGGAGAUGAGAGAACUGGCCAGCCACUACGAGAAACAAGCCAUCGGUGUGUUCAGCGAGUGUCACAGCUGGGACGGGCAGCGGGCUCAGAAGCUGCUGAUCCGCGUCUCUCCGUCGUGGGGCCGAAGCACCUGCCUGUGGCUCUCGCUCGAGGCCGACGCUAUGAGCUUCAUCGCGCACUCGGGAGUCCAGGCUCUGCUGACUCAGAUCUGGUGUGGAGAGCUGUCUGUGGACAAUCCCCACUGGAAAGUGCUUCUCUGCAUGGUCUUCUUUCCUCUCAUAUACACCGGCUUCCUGACCUUCAGACGAGAUGAAGACAUCCAGAGACAGGCCGAGAGGACGGAGCAGCAGAAACUGGCCAUGGAUUCAGUCCUUUCUGGAAGCUCCGAUGCCAAAACCAAGCGGCAUUACCGCGGCCCGUCGCAGCGGCCCGAGCUCAAGCCCCUGAACUGUUCGUCUCGUCUGAUGAGUCUCUUCACGUCGCCUCAAGUCAAGUUCUACUGGAACAUCGCCUCGUACUUCGGCUUCCUGUGGCUGUUCGCCGUGGUGCUCAUGAUCGAUUUCCAGGCCUAUCCGUCGUGGAGGGAACUUCUGCUGUAUGUGUGGCUCACCUCGCUGGUGUGUGAGGAGGUUAGACAGUUUUACCAUGACUUCGACGGCUCUGGUUUCCGGAGGAAAGCGAAGAUGUACAUCAGUGACCUGUGGAACAUUCUGGAUGUGCUUUCGAUCAUGCUGUUCAUUGUCGGUCUGGUCUGCAGGCUCCAGGCGUCCGGUACGGUCUUCUACGUGGGGAAAGUUGUGCUCUGCAUCGACUUCAUCAUAUUCUGCCUCCGACUGAUGGCCAUCUUCACCAUCAGCCGGACCCUGGGCCCCAAGAUAAUCAUCGUCCGGAGAAUGAUGAUGGAUUUGUUCUUCUUCAUGUUUCUGCUCAGUAUCUGGGUGGUGGCGUACGGUGUGGCCAAGCAGGGCAUUUUGAUUCACAAUGAAGACAGACUGAACUGGAUCAUCCGCGGAGCCGUCUACGAGCCCUACCUCAUCAUAUUCGGCAACGUCCCGACUAACAUAGACAACACUCAGUUUGAUAUAAGCAGCUGCAGCGUGAACGGCUCCGAUCCUCUGAAGCCCAAGUGUCCCGUGCUGAACGACGAGGACAUGCCAGCCUUCCCAGAAUGGCUGACCAUCAUCAUGCUGUGCGUCUAUCUGCUGUUCGCCAACAUCCUCCUGCUCAACCUCCUCAUCGCCAUCUUCAACUACACGUUCCAGGAGGUUCAGGAUAACACGGACACCAUCUGGAAGUUCCAGCGCUACGAGCUGAUCAAGGAGUACCACAGUCGGCCUGCUCUUCCUCCGCCCUUCAUCCUCCUCAGUCACCUCGUGCUCUUCAUCAGAGGGGUUCUCCUGCGCUACCCUGCACAGAGACACAAACACUUCAGACAGGAACUGGAGCAGACGGAGGAAGAGGAGCUGUUGUCGUGGGAGGCCUACAUGAAGGACAACUAUCUGGCAUCGACCCGACAGGACAAGAGCCAGAGCGUGGAGCAUCGCAUCCAGGACACCGCAGAGAAGGUUGGUGUGAUGUCCGAGCUUCUGGAGCGCGAGCAGGAGAUGGUUUCUGCCACCGUCGCGAAACGACUGUCCAAGCUUGAAGAGCAGGUCUCAGAGUCCACCAAAGCCUUACGGUGGAUCAUAGACGCACUGAAAUCUCAGGGAUGCAAAUCCAAAAUGCAGCCGCCGCUAAUGACAGGUAAAAGCUCGGACAGGGAUGACGGUGAAUCUAGCGGACAGGAGACAGAUGAAGAAUCAGCUCCGCACUCGUUGGCACGUCAGCUUCAGUAUCCCAGCAGCCCCGUCAAACGCUUCCCUGUGCCUGAGGAGAAGGUGCCCUGGGAGGUAAACUUCGCUGCAUAUCUUCCCCCGGUUUACAAUCAGCAGGACAGCAGCGACUCCGACCCUUCAGUCUUGGACAGGCACAGGAAUCCAGAAGGAAGGACGGGGAUUCGCGGAAAAGGGGCUCUGAAAACCCUCGGCCCGAACCACAUCCUCCACACGGUCCUCACCAGGUGGCGUGAUGCUGAACACAAGGUGCUGGAGUUUCUCGCCGUUUGGGAGGAAGCAGAGAAACGCUGGGCUCUUCCUGGGUGCUCGGCUAAACCUGGCCAGUCUCUGGCACAGGCGCUGGAGAGGAUUCUGGGUAAAAAGUUACACAACAAGACCAAGUCUAAACUAGAGGCUGGAGAAGAGGUGUAUAAGGGUUACGUAGAUGACAGCAGGAACACCGAUAACGCCUGGAUAGAGACCACCGUCAUCACGCUUCACUGUGACAAACACACUCCGCUCAUGGCCGAUCUGAACAGCUCUGUCGAGAGCUCUCUGCCGUCUCUUCAGCCGCUCCAGUGGCGAGAAGUGAGCCGCGCCGCGUGUGUGUGUCCGUACCAACGAGAGGCUCUGCGGCAGAUAGCACAGAGCCACAACACACACUUCUGACCCUCAGGAAAGCGCACACACACACACACACACACACUCACACACACACACACACACACACACACACUCACACACACACACACACACACACACAC